UUCAUAUAUGAGAAUAAUAAUUUCGAACGACAGUAAUAUAUAUUCUUAAAUAAAAUAUAGAUAAUUAUUUUUCUGCAAAAUGAGUUUCGAUUCGAAUUCUUCUGCAAAAAAAUUGAAUUUCGAGAGAGCGUCGAACUUCAUGAGGCAGUUCCGAGACCCAGAUUCGAGGGAAUUAAAGAAACUGUCGGCAAACCAGUUCAUGGAAGUGUGGAGUCACUACGACAGGGAUGGUAAUGGCUACAUUGAGGGUACAGAACUGGACGGUUUCCUGAAGGAGUUCGUAUCUAGUGCCAACUUUACAGAUGUGAGCCCAGAUGCGGUCUCAGAUUCAAUGCUGGUCGAGCUUAAAGCUUGCUUCAUGGAGGCCUACGACGACAAUCAAGAUGGAAAGAUCGAUAUACGAGAGUUGGCCCAACUACUGCCGAUGGAAGAAAACUUCCUGUUAUUAUUUCGAUUUGACAAUCCAUUGGAAUCAAGCGUCGAGUUUAUGAAGAUAUGGCGCGAAUAUGACACUGACGGCAGUGGUUACAUAGAAGCUGAUGAACUGAAGAACUUCCUCCGGGACCUGCUGAAGGAGGCGAAAAAAAUCAACGACGUAUCUGAAGAUAAGCUAAUCGAAUAUACGGACACAAUGCUGCAAGUUUUCGAUUCCAAUAAAGACGGGAGAUUACAACUGUCUGAAAUGGCCAAACUUCUACCCGUCAAAGAAAACUUCCUCUGCAGACAAGUGUUUAAGGGCGCCACCAAACUAACAAAGGAUGACAUUGAAAGAGUAUUCUCGCUAUACGAUAGGGAUAACAAUGGCUCAAUUGAAAAUGAAGAACUACGGGGAUUCUUGAAGGAUCUUUUAGAACUUGUAAAAAAGGAUUACGACGCCCAAGAUCUAUUAGAAUUCGAAGAAACAAUACUCCAAGGUGUCGAGUACAGCAGCGAUGGGAAGAUCAGUAGGAAACAACUUACCAUGAUACUGUUGGCGCUCGCCAAACACCAUCAAGAGGAAGAACCAUCGACACCAUAAACAAUACUGGAAAUCGCCGCCACUCCGUCCCGACGUCCGAGCGAAUUUUGUAGUGAUGCGAAAUUGAUGAAAUUUAGUUUAAUCGUUUUUCGUUUUUAAGCAAUUUACCCACAACGUUACGGCGCCGUGUCGUAAACGAGUCGUCCGUUCAAAUGCGGACAAAAGGUUUAAGAACUAAAGCAUUACUCGUAAAGAGUAUAACAAUUACCGCGAAAGACAAAAAUAUAGUAAGGUCAUGAAAGUUAUAUAAUAAUUCGUAGAAAGUUAUAAAAAUAUUUGUGCAAAAUGAGCAUAAGUUUUAAAAAUAAUAUACUAUUUAAGACAAAAGCGAAGUUAAGUUCUACUUUGUCUUUUAGUUCUGUUUCAUUGGUAUUCCACCUGGUUUUGGCUUGGUAUACUCUUUACGAAUGUCGCUGUCUACAUGAAUUUUAAAUAGACAUGUCCCAUGUUAUUAUGUUUGAUAAUGUAAUAAUCUAAAGAGAUUAUCACAAUACGACGCGUUGCCGCAGCGUUGUGUGUGUAAUAAACGCAUGUCUCAAACGUUUUCACCGUUAGAUGUAUAAGAUUGUAUUCUGGCCAGUGUUUUUAUAAGCACAGAAUACAAUGCUAACAUUAGAGCAGCUGCUGAUUUGUGUACUUAUUAAAUAUAUAUUUAAAAAAAAGUGUGCUGUUAUCUUUGGGUCAUUGUUGUAGAAAUACAAAAUAUGAAAAAAUGUGCAAAUUAUGUAAUUUUUUUAUAGAUAUUCAUCAAUUGAAGCCAAAUCAAAUGCCAAAUAUUUUAAUCUAACGCGUUUACAUUUGUAAAUCUAUUUUCAUAAAUCGUAUAAUAGAAAUCUAUCUACUAGAUAUACAUAGAUAUCACUAAAGUAAUCUCCGCAUACAUAUCAUUCCAGCAAAUACGAUUAUCCUAACGAAAUUCCGAUACUAAAUUAAAGUUUUCGUCGCUUCAUAUUUUAAUAACAAUAUUUUUUUAUUUAUUUAACUUACAUCAUUAAUAUUUUAUUAAAUUAUGAUGUUAAAUUAACUACCAAUAAAUUUUUUGAAUUAAGUAUCCAAGAAUUUUAACUAACUAAGAUAAUCUAAUUUCUAAAACAUUCUAUAAAUUCUAGACGGCGUAAUGUCUCUAAACAGAAAAUCAAAUUAAAUGUAUACUAAUCAUAUCAUUCAUUGAAAUAGCUACAUAUAGUGAUUAUAAUAUAAAUCUAUAUAAUAGUAAUUUAUAUAUUUGGAGAAAUACAAGUACAAAAUUAGAUCAAAAAAUUAAUUAAUAAUUACAUCUUAAGCGAUCUACACACUACACUAAAAUCAAGGGCAAUAUGAGACGUUUCCUGAGAGCCUUAUGUGUAAUGAAUUCCAUUAAAGUACCCGUCAACUCGAUUUUACCCCCACCACCGAUGCUCUGAAAUUGCACCUGAUUAUAGUAUCGUGUGUAGGUCGUUUUACAAAUUAAAGUUUCUAAUAUUUUUACAGACCUAUUACGAUACAGACCAUUAAGGUCUGUAUGCUUGCGCAACAACAUCCAAAUUAAAUGUUGCAACAAAAAAAAAUACUUGAUGUAGCUUAAACUUUAUGUUGUUUGCUUAAUUAUUGUGUCUAUAAUUAAUAAAUAAAUGGAGUAGAAUUUGCACGAUUCAUUCCAUCUAGAAGAUUUUGUUGUUGUUGCAUGUUUAUCUUUUAAAUUAGGAACUCUUUAACUUUUACUUUUACAUUACAUGCAACUACAAUUUUUUUAAAUACUCUUCGCCAUCUAUGCCUACUAAGAAAUUGGCGGGAAAAUCUCACAUUCAGCAAGUUUAAAAUUUUGUGGAGACCAUAGACAUGAAAGUCGUUAAUACAUAGAAUGGGUAUUUUUUAAAUUAAAAACUGUAUUAC